UACCUAAGCGACAUGAGGAGGUUACGUGAAAAAAGGCGGCAACUGUGGAAGAAGUUUGAAUGAGUUGCGAUUCUAUUUCGGGACAAUGUUGGGUAACAAAGCUUUGGAACUGAUUAAGGAACUUUCUAGAGCUUCUAGCGGGACUUUAUCACCAUACAAUGAGGAUUGCAUCCGGCAGAUACUUGAUGAAAUGAAAACACUUUAUGAACUCAACCAGAAAGAUGUGAACGACACCGUGGCCGGAGAAGCUGGUUUGUUCUCCAGUGUCCAGGUCCGGCAUGCUGCUCUUGAAAGAAACAAACGAUGUCUUCUAACUUACCUGUAUAAAAGACUAAGGAAUAUACAACAAAUGCGCUGGGAAUUUGGUAGUGUUCUUCCUGCCGAGAUCCGUUACAAUAUGUGUGAACGUGAGGUGCAAUGGUUUAACCGAUAUAACAAGAUGUUAGCAACCUACAUGCGGAAUAUUGCUGGUGGCAUCGGACUCGAUCUUACUCAGGAUAUACAACCUCCUAAAAGUUUAUAUAUUGAGGUGAGAUGUUUAGUUGACCAUGGAGAAUUCGAGACUCAAGAUGGAAACAUUGUAGUCUUAAAAAGAAAUAAUCAGCAUUUCCUUUUACGGUCUGAAUGUGAAAAUCUCAUCCGACAAGGCAUCUUGGAACAUGUCACCAACUGAAAGCCCUUCUUCAACCCUGUACGUCAUUCUACUUCUUUUCAAACCUUCUGUGAAAACCUGAGAUCUAAAAACUGAAGAUAGACUUUAAAUGUGAUAUAUUAGUUCCAAAUACGUCACAAUGCAUCACAAACCUUUAAUUCCCAGGACAAACAUAUAUUGUAUUAAUGAAAUAAUUUCUUAAUUAGAGAAAGAGAUUGCCAUCUUUUGAAUGCCAUGUUUUUCUUAGAAAGUGCAGGAAAUGAGGACACUUUUAAAACUUUUUUUUGUUCAAGUUUCAUCAUUUCCCUGCAUGAAGCUGUAAGUUGGCAGCAUCAUUAGCAUGUUGGUGAAAAUGCUUUACUGCAUUUCUUCCGGUUUUUAUCUUCUGGGUUCAAAUCCUACCAAGUUCAGCUUUAUCUUUCAUCCUUUUCAGGAUUGAUAAAACAAGUUCCUGUUGAGCACAGGGGGUUGAUAUUAUCUACUUACGCCCCGCCUCCUCUAAAAUUGCUGGCCUUGUGCCAAAAUUUGAAACUAUUUCACUGCAUGUAUGGAAUGGUUUUUGUAAAUCUGAUCUGCUGGAUAUUGUUGGAAUGGUUAUUUCUGCAAAAGGAUUAUCUUGAUUACUGCUAAGUCAAAACAACAGACAGGAACUGAACUUGGUCAGGUUCGGUACUCAAUCAUGUACUUUCACAGGCUGAACUUAAAACAGUGUAUAUUUGAGAAAUCUUGAAUCUUAAUCUCAAGGUUGUUGUCUUUCAUAAACAUUUCAAAAUCUUGAUUUUCUGACUCAGUUUGUUUCUGAACAUUGGUUGUUAAUAAAAACAUCAUUAUCAUGUAUUGUA